CUUUCUCAAAACUGAAAAAACACAAAGAAACCAAACUCUCUCUCUCUCUCAAGUCGAAACCCUAAUUUUCAAAUCAAAUUGAAUAAUAAUGGGCAGUCCGAGUCCGAGUCCCAGCACCACAUCAAAACCACUCCCUUGGACUCACGAAGAAACCGUCCAUCUGAUCCAAGCUUACCAAGAAAAAUGGUACUCUCUCAAACGCGGCCAGCUCAAAGCUUCCAAUUGGGAAGAAGUCGCCGUCACUGUCUCCGCCCGUUGCGGUUACGACCACUCCGAACCCUCCUCCAAGUCCGCCCUUCAGUGCCGCCACAAAAUCGAGAAGCUCCGCCAGCGCUACCGCUCCGAAUCGCAACAGCGCCGCCACUCCUCUUGGCCUUACUUCCCUCUCAUGGACUCUCUCCACCGCGGCCCUCUCCCUAUUUCCGCUCGCCCUCCCGAUAACAACAACAACAACAGCAACAGCAACAACAUUAUUAACGAUGAGGAUGAAGAUGAAGACGAUAAUGAUAAUGAGAGCGAUGAGGAAAACAUUUACAGCAUUAGGUCGCGGAGUAUCAAUUAUUUGCUCCGCAAACCUACUGUUGUGAAUAGGUUUGCCGGCAUCGCGGACGCCGGCAAACCUAUUCGAAAAAGGCACAGGGAUUUUGCCGAUGAAGUCGUCGUUGAGGAGGAGAAUGGUGAUGAUGAGGACGAGGAGGAGGAGAAGGGGAGAGACGCAGUGGUGUCGGAAUUGGCGGCGGAGAUAAGGAAGUUUGCGGAGAGGUUUAUUGGGAUGGAGAAUAUGAAGAUGGAGAUGAUGAAGGAUACGGAGAGGUUUAGGAUGGAGAUGGAGAAUAAGCGUAUGGAGUUGAUUCUUGAUUCCCAGAAGAGGAUUCUUGAUUCCAUACACAGGACUUUCGCUUCGCCUUAGAUUCGCUACAUCAUCAACUUCAAUCUUUUUUUUUUUUUUUGAAGGUUCAUUUUCUUCCUCAGCCACCGUUUUUAACAAUUUGCAGUCUCAACUUUGUAUAGAUUAAUCUGUAAACUUCAAAAUUUUGGCUUUCUGCGACUUAUGUGUUCUUUGUUUUUAUGUCGUUGUUGAAGUAGUAAUCAUGUAUUCUUCUAGUGAUCUAACUUUAAUGUUUCGUUGUUAGUGUUUUGUUAAAUUUUAAGUCCCCAAGAGAGGAUUCGAAUAUGUUUUCAUUGGAAACACCAGGAAAUGUUAUUUUACUUAAUAGUUAUUGGUGUUUUGUUGUUGGUGUUAA